GAGCGCAGUCAGUGUAGGAGAAGCAGGGACACUGUGAGGGGAACUUUGGUACGAUGAAACUUAGGAAUAUUUACUAAAUAGUGUAAAAAUUAACAAAAUCCCUCGUGAAUCCAUAAACUGCCCCUAGGGUUUGAGGAUUUUAGUCUAGUUCGCCCGGAAAGGGCUUCUACACUCACUAUUCUGACACUUUUUUGAAAGAAUGUGUGAGACAGACAGUUAGCAGCUAGCUAGCUAGCUGAGGGGGGAGAGAGGCGGCAGGAGAACAAAAGACUUUUUUUGCGUUUUGGUCGGUUGUACUGACACCAAGUCCAUGCAGAACGUGUCAUUACCAUCACAAUGCCCGUUUUACUUUUUCUGAUAGACACGUCCGCUUCCAUGAACCAGCGCACCCAUCUGGGCACUACCUAUCUGGACGUAGCUAAAGGCGCUGUAGAGACCUUUAUGAAGCUCAGAGGGAGAGACCCGGCCAGCCGAGGGGACCGGUACAUGUUGGUAAAUUAUGAAGACGUUCCGUUCGGGAUCAAGGCCGGAUGGAAGGAGAGCCACGCCACCUUCAUGACAGAGCUGAGGAACCUCCAGGCCACAGGACUCACCACUAUCGGCCAGUCCCUGAGGACCGCUUUUGAUUUACUCAAUCUGAAUAGAUUAGUGACUGGGAUAGACAACUAUGGACAGGGAAGGAAUCCUUUUUUCCUUGAGCCAGCCAUCAUCAUCGCAAUCACCGACGGCAACAAGCUGACCAGCGGGGGAGGAGUCCAAGACGAGCUCCAUCUGCCUCUGACCACCCCUCUGCCGGGCAGCGAGCUGACCAAGGAGCCCUUCCGUUGGGACCAGCGUCUGUUCGCUCUGGUGCUGAGAAUCCCCGGAAACACCUCGGUGGAGCCUGAACCCCUCGGUGGCGUCCCGCCCGACGACUCCCCCAUCACCCCCAUGUGUGAGGUCACUGGAGGACGUUCCUACAGCGUGUUUUCUCAGCGGAUGUUGAAUCAGUGUCUGGAGUCUCUGGUUCAGAAGAUCCAGAGUGGAGUGGUGAUAAACUUUGAGAAGACGGGGCCGGAUCCUCCUCCACUGGAGGAUGCUCCAGCUGAAGCGUUGAAGUCCGGUCUGCAGCCGUGGCACUGCUGUCACAAGCUGAUUUAUGUCCGACCCAACCCUAAAACCGGCGUCCCCAUCGGCCACUGGCCCAUCCCCGAGGCCUUCUGGCCCGACCAGAACUCCCCGACUCUGCCUCCCCGCUCAGCCCACCCCCACGUACGCUUCUCCUGUCUGGAUGCUGAGCCUAUGGUCAUAGACAAGGUGCCCUUCGAUAAGUACGAGCUGGAGCCUUCGCCGCUAACGCAGUACAUCCUGGAGAGGAAAUCCCCACACACCUGCUGGCAGGUGUUUGUGUGCAACAGUGCCAAGUACAGCGACCUGGGGCAACCCUUCGGCUACCUGAAGGCCAGCACCGCUCUGAACUGUGUCAACCUGUUUGUAAUGCCCUACAACUACCCCGUUCUGCUGCCCCUUCUGGACGACUUGAUCAAAGUGCACAAGUUCAAGCCCACCAUCAAAUGGCGUCAGUCCUUUGAGAACUACCUGAAGACCAUGCCUCCGUAUUACAUCGGGUCCCUGAGGAAGGCCCUGAGGAUCAUGGGAGCACCAAACCUGCUGGCUGACAACAUGGAGUACGGUCUGAGCUACAGCGUGGUUUCCUACCUGAAGAAGCUCAGCCAGCAGUCUAAAAUUGAGUACGACCGCCUCAUUGCUUUGAUCGGUAAGAAACCUCCAUCGGAAGCCGGCAUCAAGGUGCGCUGGCGGGGCGGAGGGAUAUCUCUGGCUCAGCGGAGGGAUUUCAUCCAGCAGCUGCAGAGUCUGACUGGAGAUGUUCCGACUCUGGAGCUCAACCCCAAAGAGUUCCAGGGCUUCCACCUGGCUCUGCUCAACAAGGGCUUGAAGCCUCAGAGCUUCAGGAAUCCCUACGACAUCCCUCGCAGCCACCUGCUGGACCAGCUCAGCAGAAUGAGGAGGAACCUGCUGAACACCAGCGUCUGUACGCUGCGAGGACAGGACUCAGACCAGUUCCACAGCGUGCCGAUCGCCCAGAUGGGAAACUACCAGGACUUCCUGAAAGCUGCUCCUCAGCCUCUCCGAGACGCCGAUCCUGAACAGCCCAAACGGUUGCACACCUUCGGAAACCCGUUCAAACUGGACAAGAAGGGCAUGAUGAUCGACGAGGCCGAUGAGUUCGUCACCGGCCCCCAGAACAAAGGCAAGAGACCCGGAGACAGCAGCAGCAUGCCAGGUGGAGGUCCCAAGAGACGGCGCUGCAUGUCUCCUCUGCUGCGUCUGGGUCGAGCCUACACGCCUCCAGUCAGCCCUCCAGCCAGCCCCAGAACCUCCUCAGAUAUGGACCUGAGCGACGGAGCUCCAGAUCCGGACCUGAUCAUCAACCACCUGAAUCAGAACCACUACGGCUCAGAUGGGAGCUCCGACUCGGACGGGGAACAUCCGUCCUCCGACCUCCAGGAGAACCACACCGAUCACCGGGACGAGGAGGAGAACGGGCGACCCCAGGCCGGUGAGCCUCCGCUGGGCGGCGACGGAGGAGCGGAGAUGGUUCUGAUGGAGGAGCAGCCGACCCGCUACCUGUCGCCUGCAGCCCUGAAGAAGCACAUCCACACGGAGACGACGAAGGUCAACAACGAGCUGAGGGCGCUGAUCAACAAGGAGAUCAGAAAACCUGGCAGACACUAUGAGAAGAUCUUCCUCCUCCUGAAGCAGAUCCAGGGAACUCUGGACACCCGGCUCAUCUUCCUCCAGAACAUCAUCAAAGAGGCGGCCAGGUUCAAGAAGCGAGUUCUCAUCGAGCAGCUGGAGAACUUCCUGGAGGAGAUCCACAACAGAUCCAUCAGCAUGAACCACGUGGACACGCUCUGAGACCAAACCGAACGUACCGAUGAUAAACCCUCUACACCCCGUCCCUGCAGAGACGAGACCAGGCAGCAUCCGACUCUCCAACCGUCGCCUCUUCAGUGGACGCUCUGUUGUUUUCCACAUAGGAAGGACUGAAGGACGUUCUGACCCCGGAUGAUGUCCAGAAGCAGGAAGCAUUUACUGCUGCAGAUGACGUGUCCCUAUGCAAGGAGAGGUCAGAUGUUUGUUCACAGCUGCUGGUUCUUCUCCUCUUUUCAGAUAUUCUUGUUUUUAACUAACAAACCAGAGUUCUGCUCUCCAGACAGAAAGUAAACCAGGACUGAUGGCAGCGUAUGUCUGGAUGUGAUGUUGUAUCGGUGACUGUGAGAAGGGGUCGGCUGUGAGAGGUUUUGUGUUUUUGGACAACUCAGGGUCAAACAGGAUCCAGCAGAGAUGCUCAUGAUUUCUCCCCUCAUGCCUUUAAUUCAGUCACUUUCCUUCUUGUUGGGUCUUACUCUUUGUUUUGGCGUUUUAAGGAGGCAGAGAGUCUCGUUUCUGUUCAACUUACACUCCACUAACGGAGCACUCCUCUGCUCUUUAUCAGCUCUAAUGAGGCUCCAGGAUCGAAUCUGUCGACUGAUAAUUCAUUCGAACUGAGUAGAAACUUCAGCGUACGACAAAGAAAUGAUUUGUUCCCUCCUGGGGAUAAAUGGCGCCACCGUCUGGAGACUGUAGACUUAAAAGUUUGUCUCCAGCAGGUUUUCAGAGAUGAAGUAAAAUAAUAAAUGAUGAGACAUCAUUGGUCACUAAUGUUGGAAUCCAGGGACUAAAAGCUCAGGAACUGACUCCAUCAGAAUCAGCAAUAAGACUGGAGCACUCCCCUCCCUGACUUCAUCUUUAUUUCAGCCUGAAGCAGCUGAUAUGCAACAAACUGCUAGAGCGUUGAUGAGCCGAGGUCUGGAUGUCGGCUGGUCGCUGCCAAAUAACUUUAAACUCCCUAAACUCUCUCCCUCUCCGCCGUGAAUCGCAAACCAACCCCUGGUCACUGAACAGGAAAUGCACUUGUGUAAAUUUGAGAAUCUUUAUUUAAUGUAAUUUAAAAGAAAAAGUACAUUUUUGUGCCUAAUUUUCCUCCUUUUUGGGGGGCUUCAGGCUCGUUCUGUGUUCUCAGAUGUACACAAAUAAACCCGAAUGAGGGUCUGAGAGGUCAGGAGUUGGUUUGUGAUUCGAGGCAGCCCUCUUCCGUUCCCUACUCGGACAGGGACCAAAAUCUGCCAUACUGUCUUUGUUUGUGAAGAGGCCGCUACCAAAAGAGUAUUUUGAAUACACUGUAAAGAUGUAAAUAACCCUAGAGUACUAUUUAAAGAGAAUGUUCAGUGGAAAAUGGCCUUUUUGUAAGUAUUUCCAUGAAUCAAAUUUCUAUUUUACACUGUGAAGGGCCGUGUAAAUAAAGUGUUCUUUAAACAUCUGA